AUUGCCGUCUGACAUGUAAAUUCCUAAAAGAUUGUUCAUUAACACUUGAUUCCUUCACAAACGGAGAGCCAAAAAGUAAAUAAAAACAUGAUGAUAAAUAUUGCCGGCAAUUAAAAGAGGAUAUUUCCAUAUUCCACUAGGAAUUAAACUUGGUAACUAGCACAGCAAAUACAUUGUCUACACUCCGCGACAUGACUUCUUCCACUUCGUUCUUCUGCUGCUUCUUUUUAACUUGGAAAAGCCAGAAUUUUUCACUUAAACAGAAAGAAAUAAAUCUUACUCGGAAAAUGCAGGUUACUUUCUGUAGGACCAUAUGAGGGCUAUAGUAUGAUUAGAAAGUGACAAAUGACUGACUUUCUUUUCCCAAAUUCCACGGCACAUGUAAUGUCACAUGAUGCACUCGCAUUCAUUUGUACUUGCUAAUUCUACUUCUUGACUAUUCACAGUAAUCCAACUACCACUAUUUUUCAGUCUUUUUACUCUUAUCUUUUCUCCUUUUUUUCAAGAUCCUAGUUAAAAGAUCACUAUGGAUUCUUUCAGAAUAUGGUUCUCGUCUUUAAAUAACUCUGCUGGCAAAUUUCUUGGAGAAUUUAAGUACUGGAAAAAAGGGAAAAAGAAACCAAAGAGAAUGGUUUCUGAUUUCAGUUGGUUAUCAGGUUUUGCAGCUAUGGAAAUCUAUAGUCAACUUAAAUUAGUCUUUAAAUUCAUAGAUGCUAAUGGGGAUGGGAAGAUAUCUCCACUGGAGUUAACUGAAAUUUUGUUGAGUCUUGGACAUGAAGAAUUGAAAGCUGCUGAGGAAUUAGCUGAAAUUAUGGUAAAAGAAAUGGAUUGUGAUGGGGAUGGAUUUGUGGAUUUGGAUGAGUUCAUGAGUGUUAUGGGGGUAGAAAAUGAUCAAGUUCUUGGUGAUUCUACUAAGGAUAUUGAUGAGCUUAGGGAAGCUUUUCUGGUUUUUGAUGCUGAUAAAAAUGGAGUAAUAUCAGCUAAAGAGUUGAGGAGAGUCCUAAUUAGCCUUGGUUGUGUAAAUUGCAGUGUUAAAGAGUGUCGUAGAAUGAUUAAAGGGGUUGAUAAAGAUGGUGAUGGAUUUGUAAAUUUUGAUGAGUUUAAAGAAAUGAUGGGUGCUGGUUGCAAUCUUUAGUAUAGUAAGCUCAUAAUCUUUUUCUUAUUCUAUUUUUGUAUUAUUUGGGAUUUAAAGGGGAGCUUAGCACAAGCGGAGAGUUGAUCGGUACGAGUUCAAGCCGUGGAAACAAAAGAGAUCAGAGUCAAGAUCUGAAGACCUAAUACAAACACGGCCAUUUAUUAGCUGCCUCGUCAAAUGACACGUGUCAAUUGUUAUAUCCUUUGAAAGGAUUAAAAAAAUAUCAAAAUUGUUUACUCUUGUCGCAAGUUCUUGACCUAAAUGGAUUUCCUUUUUCUUGGGGUCUUAACUAUUUAAAAAGAGUAUUUCACAGCAAUCAUUUUCUCUCUUUUAUUCUUCUGCUAAAAUUUUCAUUAACGAAAUUCAUGUACUAAACUCUGUCAAAUAGCAUAAAAUGUUGGUAUAGAUUACAGUACUAGGGUGAAUGCUUAUUAGCAUUUGGUGUUUAUCAAAUCAAGUUUUUUAACCUUAACAUUUAAAAAUUAAUAUUAAAAUCAUAUCACAUAAAUAUGUGUAUGAAAGACAUAUGUCGUCUAUUCAUU